CGCUGAGGGAGAUGCGGGGUACGGGUCGCACCGGGCCGGGCCGCUCCGGGGCUGCGCGCGGGGCGUUGUGGGAACUGUAGUCCGUCCCUCCGCCCGGUGCCGCCUGCCGAUGGGAAGCGGGCCCGAGCGGAGAACUCGGCUUCCCGGCGUGCCCCGGGCGGUGGGCGGGCCCGACGAGGAAUGACGGCGGAGCGCAGCCAAUGAGAAGGCGGGAUGGGGUGGGGCGAACCAUCUGCCGAGAGGGGCGGGGGAGGGGGGGAGCAGCGUGCCGACAGCUGCAGUGCAGAGGCGGACGCGGCCAUCUCCUCAGCGGGGGAGGCGGGGCGGCCCCAGAUAAAUGGCUCAUUUAAAUUGGGAGCUACUAAAAUACUCUCUGGCUGGCAAAUGCAGUGCCUAGCAGCAGUCAUCAAGGACGAACCAAACAUGAGUGGAGGAGGGGAGCAGGUCGACAUCCUUCCGGCCAAUUAUGUGGUCAAAGAUCGCUGGAAAGUGUUGAAGAAGAUCGGUGGUGGAGGCUUUGGGGAGAUUUAUGAGGCAAUGGAUCUGCUUACCCGGGAGAACGUGGCCUUGAAGGUGGAAUCAGCUCAGCAGCCCAAGCAAGUUCUCAAGAUGGAAGUGGCUGUGCUGAAGAAGCUGCAAGGGAAGGAUCAUGUUUGCAGAUUUAUCGGCUGUGGAAGAAAUGAAAAAUUUAAUUAUGUGGUCAUGCAACUUCAGGGCCGAAAUCUUGCAGAUCUCAGAAGAAGUCAGCCUCGAGGGACCUUUACACUGAGCACAACGCUACGAUUAGGCAAACAGAUUCUGGAGUCAAUAGAAGCCAUUCACUCUGUGGGAUUUCUACAUCGUGACAUCAAACCUUCCAAUUUUGCCAUGGGCCGGUUACCUUCAACGUACAGGAAAUGCUACAUGUUAGACUUCGGCCUGGCCCGUCAGUAUACCAACACCACUGGUGAAGUCAGGCCACCUCGCAACGUUGCUGGUUUUCGAGGAACGGUCCGUUACGCUUCAGUGAAUGCACAUAAAAACCGAGAGAUGGGUAGGCACGAUGAUCUAUGGUCCCUCUUCUACAUGUUGGUGGAGUUUGCAGUUGGUCAGCUUCCAUGGAGAAAGAUCAAAGAUAAGGAGCAAGUUGGCAUGAUAAAAGAAAAGUAUGAACAUCGAAUGCUGUUAAAACACAUGCCUUCAGAGUUCCACCUUUUUCUGGAUCAUAUUGCAAGCUUAGACUACUUCACCAAGCCAGACUAUCAGCUAAUCAUGUCCGUGUUUGAGAACAGUAUGAAAGAAAGAGGCAUCACUGAAAAUGAAGCUUUUGACUGGGAAAAGGCUGGUACGGAUAUCUUGUUGUCCACUAGCACUUCUACUCCACCACAGCAAAACACCAGGCAAACAGCAGCCAUGUUUGGGGUGGUUAAUGUCACUCCAGUACCAGGAGAUUUGCUUCGUGAGAACACUGAGGAUGUCCUACAGGGUGAACAUCUGAGUGAUCAAGAGAAUGCUCCUCCCAUCCUGUCAGGCCGGCCAGCAGAAGGUCUUGGCCAGACACCAAACACUGCUUUCAAUGAGGCUGAAGUUUGGGAAGAGACAGAUGUGAAUCGCAACAAACUCAGGAUCAGCAUCAGCAAAACUCAGUGCAUGGUGGAAGAAGAUCAGAGAAAUGGGGUCUGUCCCAGCUCCCCUGUCCGAGUGCCUCCAGAGUCCCCUACCGCACAAGCGCGCUCCCUGCGAUAUCGCCGUGUGAACAGCCCUGAGUCAGAACGCCUCUCUACAGCUGAUGGCAAAGCAGAUCUACAUGAAAGAAGAUCACGAAUGGAUUUGCCUGGCUCUCCAUCGCGGCUUGUGUGCUCCUCCCAGCCAGCCCAGAUGCUGUCCAUUGACACCGGCCAGGCUGACCGGCAGGCAAGUGGUCGGAUGGAUGUGUCUGCUUCAGUGGAACAUGAAGCCCUCAGCAAUGCUUUCCGCUCAGUGCCGCUUGCAGAGGAGGAGGACUUUGAUAGCAAGGAGUGGGUUAUCAUUGAUAAGGAGACAGAGCUGAAGGACUUUCAUCCAGGUGCUGAGCCAAGCACCUCUGGUACCACAGAUGAGGAGCCUGAGGAGCUAAGACCUAUUGAAGACGGUGAGGAGAGAAGGCGCUUGGGGGCAGAUGCCGCAGUCAGGCCGAAGACUCAUGAUGGGCGAAGUCGGGGUAUGCAGCCUGUGACUGAGGAGGACAGUUCCCAUAGACAUGAAGGACCUUCUCAAACAGUAUCUGACAGUAAACAUGAACAGCAGACAGGAAGUCCAGCCCAUUCCCCCCUACACUCAGCACCAGCUAUCCGACAAAGGAGACGAGAAUCUGAACCUACUGGUCCUCAGAGACAGGCAUAUACACUGAAGUCAUUUGAAAUGAAUGGUCUGCCCAAGGCGGUGCCUUUAAGUUUGCCUUAUCAAGACUUCAGAAAAGACGUGUUAGACUACUGGGAAAAGGCUAAGUUAUCCCAGCGGAUAAAGAGAGUUGAUUUCUCAAAUGUUGUCUUGACUGCUCCUUGCAAACCCCUGGAACCUUACCUGGAAAUGAAUGGCAAAGAGGAGGAGGAAGAAGACGAGGAAGAAGAUGAAGACGAGGAAGAAGAUGAAGAGGAUGUGGAGGAGGAAGGGGAUGAAAUUGACAUGCACAGUGGUUCCAGCAGUGAUUUGAGUCAAAAAAGCACAGAGCGCAGCCAGGAGUGCGCACCAUCCACUCUCCUGGCUGAUGACCAGAAGGGAUCCAAGGGUCGAGCUUCCAUGGCUGAUGGGGACUUGGAAUUGGAGGAAGGCUCAAAAACACUGGUGCUGUUUUCACCAGGUGAUCUGAAAAAAUCUCCAGUGACCACAGACUUGCCUCCAGAAGUUGAUCUGGGGACUCUUGCUGCACUGACACCUCAGAGCGAACGGCCGCAGCCAAUGGGUAGCCAACUAGAUGUGUCUGAGCCAGGGACCUUGUCCUCAGUCCUUAAAUCUGAACCAAAGCCUCCCGUGGCAGUGGCUACAGCUUCCUCCCCAUUUACCAAAGUUGAGCGCACAUUUGUUCAUAUAGCAGAAAAGACCCACCUAAAUGUCAUGUCUUCCAGCGGCCAGCUGAUGAGGCAUGAGGAAUACUGCCCUCCGGGACAGUUUGAAGAGGUCAUUAUUGAAGAGGAACUGGAAGAUAACCUGGUGUUGGUAGAGAAUGGAAGCAUCCAUUCGGGAUUAGAAGGGGCAGAGACAGAGAGCUGUGCACUUUCUGCUAAUCCCAUCGAAACCACCUCAGAAACAGUGGGGGAGCAGCUGUCGGUCCCCAAUGUAGCAAAGCCUCCUGAGGAUAAGGCAGAGUCCUCUGACAAUGUGGCAGUCUCACUGGAUUUGGAAGAGUCUGCCAAGGUGGUCACAAGAGAGCCUGACCUGGAGAAGCCAGCAUCAGUAGCAGAACACCUGAAGCCAGCAGAGACCCUCCCUGAUGCUCCACAGCAGGGCCCCAGAAGACCUCUGGGCUCCAGGUAUAGAAGUCGGAUCCCCAUUUUAUUCUCUGAGGAGGACACUGGCUCAGAUCUUUCAACUUCACUCUCAGCCAAAGAGAGGCUUUAUAAGAGGGCAAAGCAACCUGAUCUGGCUCGUUUAGUGAUGGAGAAGAGACAAAGCUGCCUCCUUAGGCUGGCUUCCGGGGCCUCCUCCUCAGCAUCCUCCAGUGACGAGAGGCGGCGAGCCUCAGAAACCCUGUCAGCCACUGGUUCUGAGGAGGACACCCAUGACUCUGAUGACUCCAUCCCAAGAAAGGCAGGGAAGAAAGCUGCCCUCCUGGGGAGAGAAGAGAAACUCAUAAGCACAAAGAGCAGAAUUCCUCGGCCCAUCACACCGGUGAAAACACCGCUAGAGACUAUGAAGUCUGAGAGCUCCGCAGCCGUUGUGAUGGCAGUGCAAUCCAGCUCCCCACAGGAUGCAGCUGUUGCCUACAGGUUGCAGGCACAGAGACCAGCUGGAAAUGUCCCAAAUGACUACCGAACAAUGCAGAUACAAAGCCGGCUUCCUCCUUCACCGAGUUCCACAUCUCUUCCUCCACGGAGCAGCACGCAAAGGUCCAGCUACACAUCCCCUCGGAGCCCUGUCCUUCCUUCCAAAACCCCCAGUGCUUCCCCAAGAAGCCAGUUGCUGCCUCGGAGGGAAAGCCCUUCUCCCUGCAGACAGCAUAAGCCAGGGACUGCUCUCCAGCGAGUUCCACCUUCCUCUCGACCUCAGCCCCAGGCUCAGGCCCCGGGGCCAACAGGAGACUCCCUGUCCUCUCCUGGCACGGCCAAAAAACGGCAAAGAGGAAAAACCCAGACUCAGAGUCCAGCAACCAAAGGAAAGCAGGUGUCCCUGGAAAGUAAGGCAGCUGCCAGAUAAUGAUCUUCUGCCAACCCAACAGACUGGGUAACUUCUGCAUAUAGUAUACACUUGAGAUGCUGCAGCACAGCCUUCCAUGCCGGAACCACGAGUGUAUAGCAGUAGCUGUACUUCAAUGCUUCACUCACUCUCACCCCACACAGUUGCGAUCAGCUCCCACAGGCCUGAGAGCCUCUGAGCCACGGAGCCUUCUUCGAGGGAAACAUCCAGUCCUCAGCUCACGCUUGCUAAUGCACAGCGACCCUGGCAGCCUGCCUAGUGCCUGACCCCCCUACUCCACAGGCAAUCCCCUCUCUCUGUUGGCGAUACCUGUCGCCAAUACUGACCCUGGCUUUGGAAAGAGGAGUGGAAGUGAUGAGAGCCUGCUGGGGAGGAAGGCUCCUGUCCUGUCCUUGCUCUCUCUUUGUUGGGCAAACACCAGCCCUGGCUGCCAACGGCCGAAUGUUGGCUCCUCUCCUGCAACUUGUGUUAGUGAGAGCUUGUCACCAGCCCACCUCAGAGUGAUGGGUGUGUUGUCACGUGCUGAGAGAAGGGCAGGAGAGGGCUGGAGGAGCUUUGCUCUCCUUUUUCCACAAGGGCCUCUGCAGGCAGGAGUGGGGCACAGGCAGCUCGUGUAGAUGCUCCUGCCUGCUCCAGGGUGUCCUGCAGAGCUGUUUCAGCAGCUGCCUGUGGGGCAGGUAUUGAGUUGAAAGUAGGGAUGUAUGGGCAGCUUGCUGGGAAAUCCAGAGCACUAGCAUGUGAUGUGGAAGGGAGCACUCUGCAGCCACUUCUGUCUCAGAUACCGAACUGUGACCUGUGGAGACCACAUCUUCUGACAUGGGUGGUUCCUCUCAGCCUGAGUGUGGUUGGUGCCACGGUUCUGUAGGCCACCCAAACACACCUCCAUCCUGAAGAUGUGAAUAGCCACUGGAUGCCUUCAGCUCGGGUGCCCCCUGCACCUAAAUUCCUUGUGCUUUAUUGUCACGCUCUUGGUGUUUGUGAAUUUUGGCACUGUCGUUGAAGGUUCCCUUACACAGCAGGGCGGAAAGUAAUUAUCCUGUAGUAUACUCUAAAGCUGCUGCUUUGCAAGGAGAGUUUUGCUGGUACGCUGUGGGUAUCCUGUGCAUUUCUCAUCGGGAUAUCAGGUUUAUUUCCUUCUCGUGCUCAGCUCUUCCACACAUUGCCUAACAACCAACAAUGUGAACACAAAAGCAAGGGCUGUGCUCUUAAAUAAUAUUACCAGAACGUAAGCUUAGCUCUCACUUAGCACGCCAACUUUUUAGCUCCCAACUAAUUAGGGUGGUUUGAAAAUUCAAGCCAGGAGGACUGAUAACUGCCAGAGCCUGAUAAGAUCUUGAAAUGGUCACAAAUUCUUCCCUGCAUUGCACAGGGGGAAACAAUAUAGACCCAAAUCCUUGGGGCUUCAUGCCAUUGUCACAGCUAAAAGAAGUUUUGCAUAAGGCAGAACAAAACAAUGGCUGCUCUGCCCACCCACUCCUGCAGCUGUAACUAGCAGCUUCAGAAAAGAUUUGCAGACAAAAAAGCUUGAUGGAAGAAGCCUAUGGUAAUAACUGACUCAUUUGAAUGUAUUUACAGUCACAUUCAUGGUCAUCCAGUCCAAGGAAUCGCAAGGUUCUGUUUCAGAGUGGCUCUACAGGAACAUGCAUGGAUCAUGAGAGCUGUGACAGAGUGGCAGGGAGAACAGGAUACUCCUGGGACAUCAGAACAGGGAAAUGUCUGGAAACAAGUGAUGGGAAUUACCUUUCUACACAACAGUUCCAGUGUUGACAAUGCUAGGAACUUAUUUCAUAUAGUUCAAAACGUUUGGUGUUUUCCUUAAAAGUCAUUCACCCUUGUAAAGUAAGAAGCAGAGCUUCUCAUCCGAGAACAAAUCCCAGCUCUCAUAUUUGCAGAGGAUCACUGGGAAUUCCACACUCAGGCUGUGGUUUGAGGGACUGAGAUGACUUAGCCAAUCAUGGCAGUGAUCCCUCCAAGUUGCAGUCCCCUCCCUUAUCUAGGGCAGCUGUUCAGUGAGGUGUCUGGAGGUAGAGAUCCAGUGUGACAAGUGCUCUGGUUUGCUGGGUUAGUUUUCAUCUGUUCAUCCAUCAGGUUCAGCAUUUGGUCACACAAAUGCUUUUGCCAAAAGUGGAAGAAAGAGUAGAUAGUAAAUUCUACCACUUCUUCUACGGGCAUGAUGACGUCAUGUGAGUUUGGAGUCUGGUCCAACUGCAGCCUAAAUAUGUCCUGAGAGUUUUGAAAUUAGAAAACAAAAUGAACCCAAAUACACAGAUUCUUUCUGGAAAUAUAAAUGGUAAUGGCACUCCUAUUAAUUUGUCAGCAGACUAUUUAUUUUAGAGUGCUUAGAUAAUAAGAUUUUGACAGUGAAGCCAGAUACUCUAUCCAGGUCUUACAAGCACAUGCCAAAAAGGCAUUGAAGGAGCAGGAAACGAGUGCUACAGGGCUAUUUACAGAAUUAGCAAACCCAUUUUGUCAUGGGAGGGCAGUGAAGCACAAUUAUUGUAUUUGUUCAAAAGAAAGUUUAAAUUAGAACUGUCCAUGGCCCAGCUGUACCAUAUCAAGAAAAAGCUGAAAGAAGAAUGCAGUGAAUGCUUUCCAGCACGGGAGACAGCAGCCUGUCUCCAUGUUGUGUGAUAGGGUUGGGCUGAUGCUGCAGCUGGAUCUGUAGUACUGUCAUACACUGUCUAUCCUGAGUCAUCAGGUCCAAUGGCAUUGAGAGCUGGCUGGCUGCAGUAGGGUUGAAAGCCAGAGCAGGAGCUGCUGGCUGCUGCCACUGACAGGCUCUCAAGGUUGUUCCUGCAUGGCCUGGCUGUCCCCUUGUGUCCCACAGGCUUGGAGAUCCAGACCUGUUCCCUUUCCCAGUGGCAAGUGAUGCUGUGAUGUUACAGGUAAAAUGCUUCAGAUUGCCUCUUACGGUCCUUCACUGUAUUAUUUUUUACUGAGAUUAUUUUUUACAGGAGCGUCAGUGCUAGGUUCUUUCAGUCAAGUGAUUAAAAUAAUUUGCUCAUUUGCUAAAUUUGGCAGUGCAAAGAAUCAGGCUUCAUGCAAGCACUGCUCAGCAGCCACUAAAUGUCAGUAUGUUAUCAACAUUAUUCUCAACCAUAUCCAAACACAACACCACACCAGCCACUACAAAGGGAGCUAACUGUACCCCAGCCCAAACCACGACUCUUGCUUCCUGUUCCAGGUGUUGGCAGGGGCACUCAGAAAAGCUUCUGCCAUGCAAAAGCUGCUCUGGGUCUGUUCACUCUGAUCUGUCCUUCAGAGGUGAGCAUGACCUCAGGAACUGCUGUCACUUGAGGCUGCUUGGUUUUCUAGAGAGGAGGAUUUUCUGGUGAACAGGUGGACUGGCAAUGAUAUUUCCUGUGAAAAGAGCCCUACAAAAGGGGCUGGGAACUGUGGGUCUCUCAUCCUGUUCUCUGCCCCACAGACCAGGAGGGCACCUGCCAUAGUCAGGUCAAACGCAGCAGAUCAUGUUUGAGGGGUUGUUCUGCUAGGGCAGAUGGCUCAUACAAGAUGAUGUGGCAACGGAUGGGUCUGAAGUACAGUUCUUAGCACUGAGCUAGUAUGACAGUGGAUUGUAUGAGCAAAAAGAGCACUGGGGACAGUCAAGAGAGUGUCAGGGGAGGGCACAGACACGUGGCUGGAGACACUAAGCUGGCUUUGGUUGGCGCACGGACACUGGCUUGUCUUGGUGCAAAAAGUGUUUCAGUCACAGACAUUUCUGGGUUGUGCUUGGGGUUUGCAAGAGGCAGGACACUUGGCUUGUCCUUUCUAAGUAGAGAGUAUUACUAUAUAUAUAU